AUGGAGCGACAUUUCAAUCGAUGGUUCCACUACCCUUACGUCUUCCUCAAUGAUGCCGAUUUCAACAUGACAUUCAAGGAGACUGUUAUGAAUCACACAAGUGGAAGCGUUGAAUUUGGCAAGAUUGACCCAGGGAUGUGGGGUUAUCCAAAUUGGGUCAACUUGGACACGGCCAAGGAAGGCAUAAGGAAGCAGGGAGAUGCUGCAAUCAUGUAUGGUGGUAUGGAGAGCUACCAUCACAUGUGCAGAUUCUACUCUGGAUUCUUCUAUAAGCACGAGCUUUUACAGAAGUACGACUGGUACUGGAGGAUUGAGCCGGACGUCAAGUACUUCUGCGAUAUGACCUAUGAUCCCUUCAUUCACAUGGAGAGAGCGAACAAGACCUACGGCUUCACCAUUGCGGUAAAGGAAUUACGGGAAACCGUCCCGAACAUCUUUCGGUAUGCUUCAGCAUUUAAGCGUAUCAACAACAUUACCUCCAAUGGCUUAUGGGAAAUGUUUGCUAUGCCUGCAGGCGCCUCCCUCCCCGAAGACGACCCGCAGUGGCAACCACCCAAGGAAAAAGUACCCGAGGACCCAAACGCAUUACCAGAGGAACUCUUAGACACGGAACCAGGGCACGGAGGAUUACCGGAGGUGGACCCCGACGCCAUGGAGGGCGAGACAUACAAUAUGUGCCAUUUCUGGAGCAAUUUUGAGAUCGCGAGGUUGGAUUGGUUCCGUAGCAAGGAAUACAAUGACUUCUUUGACAUGAUGGACCGGAGUGGCGGCUUUUGGAUGGAAAGAUGGGGAGAUGCGCCCAUCCAUUCGCUUGCAGCAGGCGCCUUGCUCGCACCGAAGGACAUUCACUAUUUCCGAGACAUUGGCUAUAGACAUACCACCAUCCAGCACUGUCCAGCCAAUGCCCCAGGUAACCGACAACUUGCUCGCCCACCUUUUCUUGAGAUGACUACUGUGGACGAUAAAGAGAGGAUGAGAGAGGAUGAGUAUUGGGAAACUUGGGACUCGGUGAAAGAGAAUGGCGUUGGAUGCAGAUGUGGAACGAAUUUCUACGGGGACGGUCCAGAACUUUCGCUCGAAUUUCCCACUUUGCCUGUCCAGGGUAGCCCUGCUCGGUGGCUAUCUCGGUCUCAGCUCAUUCCAAUGGCCUCGCAUACCAACGACGAUAGCUCAGCCGAUGAGGCUACCAGCUCUCUUGGAGAUAGCGCCUACGACUUCAUCGAUGACAGAAGUGUGAUCACAACAGAUGAUGAGAGUCAAGAUGGUAUGACUGAGUCUGUUGCCUCUAGCGAUGGCCUGGAAGUUGGCUGCGGCCAUGAGGAGAGCCCGAAUGUUAUGGACCGCGAAGAUGAAGGAGCGCAACCAAACUCUCAGGGCUGUAUCCAGCAAGAAAUGAUCUCGAACCCUCAGACUCCGGAGACUCCCAUUCUUAAACCACGAGACGGUUCAUUCAACAACCUGCAGACUCCCGAUGAGCACAUAUUAUUUGAAGAGCCUAGUAAGACAGAGUGGACAUCUCGCUGCCCCCUGGAGGUAUCAUUCAACUUGGGAAGUCUUCCAACCGACAACACCAUAACGACGGAAUGCCCUCCGGAAGAGCUGACAGCAAGUAUCUGCCAAAGUAUGGCCAGCCACCAACUUAACCUAGGUCAUGAAUCCUAUCGGGUCUUCUAUGUCGGAGAUUCUUCACUGAGAGAACCAAUAAUUCAGAAAAUUGCAUCGGCAUUGGCUGCAACUCCUCAAGGAUUUGCGCUGAGCUCUUCCAAUACCCGCACCUCUAAAUUCAACGUCAUUCCGCUCCCGCCAUUCGGAGAUCAUUCCUAUCCAGAAGUUAUUCUCGUAGGCUCAAGCGGCGUCGAGCUAGAAGUUGAAGAAUGCAAGCAGACGACCUUUCUUGAAACCCCAAACGGGAUCGACAUCUUGCAGAUAACUCUUGCCGAUGGCUCCACCCUCAGCUCAGCACACGAAGGAAAAUCCUUCAAAAUGCUGGAGGAUUGGAAAUUGCCUGACAUUGCUGUGUUCAGUAUAGGCGAAAGAGACGAUGAUCAAGCCAAACGAGACCUCCAUUUGGCUCAGAUGUUCAUGAGUCGUCAUGCUGUACCGUCGCUUUUUAUCAAGGCCUUACCCCAGUGGGAAUCACACGCGGAUGCAAUGACGCUCAAUCACAUGACACCUCACAUCUGCUUGAGGGGCCAGACGCCGAAGAUUCCUGAAUCGUAUACACUGAAGCGCCUGCCAGUCGACCUGAACACGUUCUUGAAGAUUGAUGCUGGUCAAAUGAAUCGCAAUUUGGCUUGUCUGGCCGAUGUCAAAGGUUUUAUGAAUCGCGAACGAGUGAGCAAGGCAGACAUUCCUGCAAGUCAAAAGCAGAGCGAUCCACUCAUCGCAUACUGUCCUCAGUUGUUGCUUCCCUACGCUCGAACCCUGCGACAGAAACUGCAUCAACCUUGGGCUCCGCUUUUUGGCCUUUUCUUCAUGACUUUCUGCGUGGUGAAUGUCGCGAUCAUGUUUGGCUCACAUGUCUCAAACUCUGGCCGACUAGCAGUCCAAACCAAUGGAACAUCGAUAUCCUCCUGCUCAUCACCAAAGCCAGCUACUGUCACUUCAACUCCUCUCCACUCUUCAUUUACAACAAGCGGGUCAAUCAUGCCAACUUCGGUAUGCCAUGAAUCAUCGAAGCAACAGUAUCCAGGAACCGACAUCACCUCUCUCAUUCUGAAUCCUGCCUUGCAAUCUAACAAUAGGUCAGAAAACUUCCAAGUUCACGUCCUUGGAGAUUGCCAUAUUGUGAUGAUGCCCCCGUACUGGUUCGCCAAAUCGAGAGUGGCCCCGACCCUCUCUUAUAAAAUUACGCGGAAAACCAUGGCAUUGCCGUACAAGCAUCUAACCCUGUUCAAUGGAGUUUGUGCACUUCAAAUCCCCCGCGAAGAAGCCUACGGCGUGCUCAAUGUGGAAGUUUGGACGGACACACGACCAUUCGUUCACCAGAAUUUUGGAGUUGACUUCGGCUCGUACUGGCUCAAGGUCGCAGCGUGGAAACGAGCAACUCGGGCUCUUAGCACAUCGAUGCAGACAGAACUCAGUCAAAUGCAUGUCGGCCUGAUGGCCGUCUUUGACCGGACUAAAGAGGACCUUUCAACGAUUGUGCGAAAGAAUAAACGGAUCAUAGCUCGGCAGCCUAGUGUUCAAAAGGGCAAUCUUGCGCGACGUUGGAAGCAGGGAACAACAUUGACAGAUAUCGUCUUCACGCAGACAAGAGAUGUUGCUCGUCAUCUGUCAUACCGUUUAUAUUGCGGCAGUAGUGUGGCAUCGUCUAAUUUUAGGUUACUGAAGAAUACCAUCGCAUCUAAGCUAGGAGUGUUUCCAGGAAGCAAGAUCACUACAUUGAUGAAAAAUGUGAAAGCGUUUCGAGCGACCACAGAGAAUAUCAACCCGACAGCAUCGCUCAAGGGGUUCCGGGACUGGAGGUCUACGCAGGCCCGUAAUGUGCAGAAGACGACACUGAAGACCUGGUGGAAGGUGAAGGGCGUACCAAAGUCCCUGAUAACUCAGCUCAAAGACACCGACGUUAGACGGUCCAAUAAGGUCUCUCGAUCAGAAUAG